UCACCGGAGGGGCUGAGAGCACACAGCCCCGGAAAGUUAAGGUGGUGCUUAGAGCGGGCCAGGCUGUCCUCAUGUCCACUGACGGGCUAGAAGCGACGGGAAAAAGUCAAGCUCCACUUAGAUCAUUUCAUUUCAAGUUUUCUCCGGUUGUUUGAGGGUUUUUAUUUUAUUUUUUUUACAGAGUAGGAGGCAGCAGCAGCUACGCCCUGGGGCUGAAAUUACGGACUCACUAUGUCUGAUGGGGAGUAUGAUUACCUUAUCAAGUUCCUAGCGCUGGGGGACUCCGGAGUGGGAAAGACCAGCUUUCUCUACCAAUACACGGAUGGCCAUUUCAACAACAAGUUCAUCACUACAGUUGGAAUAGACUUCAGAGAAAGAAGAGUGAUCUACAAUUCAACCGGUCCAGAUGGAACUACAGGCAGGGGACAGAAAAUCCACCUGCAGCUUUGGGACACUGCAGGACAAGAGAGGUUCCGAAGUUUGACCACAGCUUUUUUCCGAGAUGCCAUGGGUUUCCUCCUCCUGUUUGAUCUCACCAAUGAGCAAAGUUUCCUCAACGUCAGAAACUGGAUGAGUCAGUUACAGAUUCACGCAUAUUGUGAAAAUCCUGAUGUGGUUUUGUGUGGAAACAAAUGUGACCUGAGUGACCAGAGAGCCGUGAGCCAGGAGGAGGCUCGAGAACUGGCGGAGAAAUACGGAAUCACAUACUUUGAGACCAGCGCUGCAAGCGGCCAGAAUGUCAGCGAGGCUGUGGACGUCCUGCUGGAUCUGAUUAUGAAGAGGAUGGAGAGGUGUGUCGAUAAGUCCUGGAUCCCAGAUGGGACCGUCCGUGCUAACGGACCUUCCAACCUGGACCUCUCUGAGGGCUCUGAUAGAGGCAAAUGUGCUUGUUAGAAAGAAUAUUUUGUUGCACACAUUUUCAUUUCUAUAACAGGUGGGGGGAGAAAAGGAAGAUGCCCAAGCAAAACACAGUGGGAGUUUUAUUACAUUUUGUAUUGAGUAAAACUUUAUCAUCUUCUUCAACAAUAUAUAUAUAUAUGCCACUUUACCCCACAAUUCAGAGUAUUACUUGUUUACUGUCACUGACUUGCUGAGCAGUUUACCAGCUAAGUUGGUGCUCUUUGUUCUGAAUACAUUCAUAUUAUUGUGAUUUUUGGGGUAUUUAUUUUCCUUAUGGUUCCUAAUGAACAGCUCCAGUUUCCACAUUGAGUUAAAGAUAUUGAUCCUCGAUUCAAAUAAUAAAAGAACACUGAGUCUGUUUGUUACAUGUGCUAUUAUGUUAUCAGGAAUGCUCAACUGCUGUGUAAACAUUUUAAUGAAUGUACUUUAGGUCACCAAUGUUGUGUUACUGAUACUUUAAGUGCCUCAAUGAAUACUGCAAUCUUACAGGAUCCUGCCAGAGAAAAUGUAGCUCUUCUUGGUGGACAGUAAACAUGUUAAUGUUUCUUUAGUCUGUACUCUGAUUUGAGUGCAGUUUUUGCCAACAGCAUAAAGAAAAAUUAUGUAAACAUUUUAGAUGAGAUGUGGGGUAUCUAAGGAAAAACAGAG